GGGUGGCGCGGCCGCGCCGAGUCGGACGUCACGCCCGCCCGACAGCGCGGCGACUCUGGCGACGAACCGUACGGCGGCACCGAUGACGACGAGUCGACUACGCCACUGGUGGGAGCGGCCGCCGACGCGGACGAGCCGGACCACCACGAGCGGCCGGACGAGGCGCGCAUGCGGGAGGCCACGGAGACGGUGCAGUCCAAGAUAGCCCGCUGCAAGGAGGCCAUCAAGCAGCAGCAGCGAGUCAGGGACGACAACGUGAACGAGUACCUGAUCCAGACGGCAGCCGUGCAGGACAAGCAGCAGCAGCAGAAGCUGAAGGCCCUUUUCGAGAAGAAGAACCAGAAGGCGGCGCAGCAGAUGGCGCACCAGCAGCGCAAGCUGGAAGUGUACACGCGACGCGCCAAGGAGCUGGAGACGUGCGGCCUCUCGCACCGUCAGCCCAAGGAAGUGCUCAAGGACGUGGGUUACGGACUCAGGAACGUGGGCGGAAACAUUCGGCACGGCAUCACCGGCCUUUCCGGGGCCGUGGUGGGCAACAUGAAGGGCGGUAUCCAGGGAGCGGCGGAGACGGUGAUGUCCAAGCCUCGCGAAAUUGCUCACCUGCUGAAGAACAGGUUCGGCAGUGCCGACAACAUCACGGCCCUCACUAACGACUCGUCGGAGGGCACACCCACGCGCAGCCACCACGGCAGCUCCACCCUGCCGCCGGGCAUCCCCUCGUCAGCCGUCAGCGGCAACACCAGCGUCGGUCAGCUGCGCUCUGACGAGGGGAGCGACCUGAGCAGCGCGGCGAGCGAGCCCGGUGCCCUGGCCACCACCUCUCCGCGGCACCAGGCCAGCGUGUCGUCGGCCGGCGCUGCCGCCACCACCGACGGCGCGCUCCUCCUCUCUGAGCUGCUCGAGCGCAAGGAGGAGUGCGACCGGCUGCGCGACGACGUGGACACGAUCAAGGCGACGCUGCAGCAGGAGAUCACGCUGCUCUCGCAGGCGCUUCAGGAGGAGCGCUUCCGCUACGACCGGCUCGAGCAGCAGAUGAACGACUUCAUCGAGCUGCACCAGAACGAGGUGGAGAAUCUGCGCCAGCACAUGCAUGACAUGGAAGAGAAGGUCCAGUACCAGAGCGAGGAGCGCGUCAGAGACAUUCACGAGAUGAUGGACAAGUGUAAUACUCGGAUAUCGCGGAUGGAGCACCAGCAGGUGGAGCACCAGCAGCUGGUCAACUUGGAGGUGAUCGGCAACUCGCAGGCGCGUGCUUUGGUCGUCAAGCUGGUCAACAUUGUGCUGACCGUGCUACAGGUGGUGCUGCUGAUCGUGGCCACGCUGGCCAACAUCACCAUGCCGUUCCUUCGCACCAGGGUGAGAACGCUGUCGACGUUGCUUCUCAUUGUGGUAAUUGUCUUCGUCGUUCGCCAGUGGGCCGACUUCAGCGAUCUCUUCCAUCAUUACGUGAACUACGUGAGGGCGGCCAGUGCUGGCACUCGGCCACCGCCCGAGCCGUAGAGACGCCGCCACGCGCGCGCGCGCGCACCCAGCUCGCCACAAACCAAAGCCUUCAUUUUAGCCACGUGCGCAGAUUUUAUUCUCAAAUUGCGUCAGCCGUAUCGCGUUGAUUCAGUGUCCUUAUGUUAGCCUACUGUGACUAUUAUUGUCUUCGUUGAAGAUGUGAUGUGAGGAAAUACAGCACAAGAUGUUUUA